AUGUACUUUUCAGUCGAACAUCCUAUGGUUAUGGGAACAUACGUGACCCUGUUCAUCGGAUGCAUCCGCGUACUCGUUACUCGCAAGCCGUCCUCGUAUAUGACGAACAGGAUGCUACUCUUGAUUAUGAUUGUACUGUUCCUGCUGUCUACGGCUGAAGCCGUGGUGGUCUUCCUCGGUACUUUCCUCAGCACGGAUAUUGUGCAGGAUGCGGCGUACCCUGGGGAAACUCUGCAGGCACUCCGGGAGAAGGACACGUCUAAUAUGCUGCUGUCUGUUCUUGACGCCAUCAUCGCCACCAAUAAGUUGAGUUACGGAAAUAUGGCGCUCGUUCACGGUGUGGAAUGGACGGUUCGCGGUCACGCUCGUUCCUCUGGCUGGGUUGACUUUUGCAUCAAGUCAUCGCGCCAUAUUCACAAUCUCGAAGCCUGCGGCUACCUUCUGGUAUAUGCCGACAUAUGUGCAUACAAUGUCCGGCUCCAUGCACCCCUGUUAGAGUCUGCGCCUCCGCCUCGGUUUAUUCGACUCUAUGCAGCUGAAGAGAACUUACGAGCAGCGUACUAUUCCACAAUCCUUGCUACAAAUAUUUUCUUGACGGUGUCAAUCGCCGGCAGAGUAUGCUGGCUAAACCGCAGAAUCCAGGCACAACUCGGGCAGAGAGUAAGGAAUCAAUAUAAGCACGUCGCCGUUCUGAUUAUCGAGUCCGGUGCAAUUUACUCGAUCUGUCUGGUCGCCUCUGUUAUCACUCUGGGGCCGGGACGGCAGAGCGGUCUACUUGAAGGAAGCAUUGUCCCUACGCUUCUGAUAGUCUUGAUUUGUUCUGGCAAAGCAACUGAUCCCACCCUUUCUAUAUCCGCCAGAGACUGUGGAGGAGUAAUAGGGCCCGCACCGCCUCUGGGGUCCGAGAGUGUGGAUGGCCCGGUCCUCGAUAUCACUGGAGAUAAUGUACUCGCACAGAGUGAAAAGCAGAGAGAGAGAGAGUAG